AUGCAGGAGGAGGGAGGGCUCCGUGGGCACACGCGCCUGGUUGUGCCUGCUUUGAAAGGGGGCUGCCGGGCAGGGGCCUCUGCCAGCACGGGAAGAGCCAAGGUUAAUCGGAAUGGGGGUCCUCAGGUGGCUGACGUUUGCAGACUGUCGAUAGGCUCCCUGACGGGCAGGCGGGGGGAUGGGGGCUUUCGGGAUCCUGCGCCUCCGGCCCUGAGGCGGCCGCCCGGGGCCGAAGAGCCGAGGGGCGCCCUGGGCCCGCCCGCUCCCCGCUCCCGCUCUUCUUCCAACGCUCCGGCCCCUCCCGCCUGGCCCGGGGGCCCCUCUGGGUGCCGGCGUGUGGGGCGCGGGGGUGGGCUGGGGGGCUGGCCUUGGCGGCGGCGCCGAGCCCGCCCCUUCGGCGCGCGGCGGGGCGGCGGGGCGGCGGGUGGGUCGUCCGGCGUGGGCCGUGGGGCUGCGGGGCUGUGGUCGGGGCUGCGGGCCAUGAGGGCGCUGGUGCUGGCGCUGGUGCUGGCGGCGCGCGGCUGGGGCGGGCAGUGCCCGGCGCGCUGCGACGUGUCCCGCUGCCCGAGCCCCGGCUGCCCCAGCGGCUACGUGCCCGACGGCUGCAACUGCUGCGUGGUGUGCGCGGCGGGCGAGGGCGAGGCGUGCGGGCGGGCCGGGGACCCGCCGUGCGGCGACGGCCUCCAGUGCCGCUCCGCGCCCGCCGCCCGGCCCCGCCAACGCCGCCUGUGCCGGUGCGAGCUCGCCGCGCCCGCCUGCGGCACCGACGGCCGCACCUACGCCAACGUGUGCCGCCUGCAGGCCGCCGCCCGCCGCGCCCUGCAGCAGGGGCUGCCCGCCGUCCAGCAGGCCCCCGCCGCCGCCUGCCGGCCAGACGAUCAACAGCCAAACAGCCCAAGGUAUAAGUUUAACUUCAUUGCAGAUGUGGUGGAGAAGAUUGCGCCUGCCGUUGUGCACAUAGAACUCUUUCUCAGGCACCCCCUCUUUGGCCACAACGUCCCCCUCUCCAGCGGUUCCGGCUUUAUUAUGUCUGACACGGGGCUGAUUGUCACCAACGCCCACGUGGUGACCAGUAGCAGCACGGCCACUGGGCGGCAGCAGCUGAAAGUGCAGCUCCAGAACGGGGACACGUACGAAGCGACGAUCCAAGACAUUGACAAGAAGUCAGACAUCGCCACCAUCAAGAUAAAACCACGGAAAAAGUUGCCUGUCCUCCUCUUGGGCCAGUCCAGUGAUCUGAGGCCAGGGGAAUUUGUUGUGGCCAUGGGGAGCCCGUUUGCUUUGCAGAACACGGUGACAACAGGCAUAGUCAGCACAGCCCAGAGGGACGGCAAGGAGCUGGGCCUGCGGGAUUCGGACAUGGACUACAUUCAGACAGAUGCCAUCAUCAACUAUGGGAAUUCAGGAGGACCUCUGGUAAACUUGGAUGGGGAAGUGAUUGGUAUCAAUACUUUAAAGGUUACUGCAGGAAUUUCCUUUGCAAUACCAUCUGAUCGUAUCUCCCGAUUUCUCUCCGAGAAUAACAGCAAACAAAGUAAAGAUGGGAGGAAAAGGUUUAUUGGCUUAAGGAUGCUGACAAUAACACCCGCACUUGUGGAAGAACUGAAGAUUAACAAUCCAGAUUUUCCUGAUGUCAGUAGUGGAAUUUAUAUACAUGAAGUUGUUCCAAAUUCACCAUCUCACAGAGGUGGGAUUAAGGAUGGAGACAUCAUUGUGAAGGUGAACGGGCGUCCAUUGAUGACUUCUGCUGACUUGCAAGAGGCGGUGAUGAAGGAGUCGCCUCUACUGCUUGAAGUUAGAAGAGGAAAUGAUGACUUACUGUUUAAUAUAGAACCUGAAGUCAUGAUGUAAACCAAACUGAGGAAGAGGGUUGUGAUU